AUGAGCUCUACGCAAAGUCAGACGCCUGCGUGCAAGGAAGCUCUACGCCUUCGUGAGUCAGGUGGGAAAGAUGUGCAGGCAGUGGUCUCAUUUUCUUCUGACACGUAUGCAGCUCUUUCAUAUUCUUCUUCUUCUGAUGUGAAGGCAGUGGUCUCAUCUUCUUCGGAUGUGAAGGCCAAGGGGACUUCCACGUGCUCUCAGGCCACCAUUGCCGAUGUUAAGGCAUGGAUUGACGCUGCUGGCAGUAUCAACGAGUCGAAUGCGAUCCAGUAUUUAAAGAAUGGAGUGGAUUGGUUUGCAGAACUUCUGACAGAAGGUGGGAUCCCUGCAAAGGCCAGGGCAAAUUAUGCUGUGCGGAAGCGCGGGACGUUCGAGAAUGUGCAAGCGACGUUGGAGGACCUUCUGGAAUUCUUCGAGAGGCACAGAUAUCUUACAGGGCAGAUGAACCGUGCCGAGGCUGCCAAGUUUCUACAGGAUUCCAAGUGCGACGAAUUCCGAAUCCAAUUCUAUGGACGUCCGAGGAACGAUACAACGUCGUCAUGUGGAAGUACUGCCUGCAAAGGCAAAGGCAAAGGCAAAGGUAAAGGUAAAGGCGCCGACAUAGGAGGUCAGGAGUUUGACGAAGUGUGUAGGUUCGGUAGGACGUUGACGGACUUUGAACGAAGGUGUAAAUCUCAGGUUUUGCCUCUGCGGUAG